AUGGACAGUUUAGAUAAUUGUGUAGAAUUUGUAUCUCUUGGACUGGAUUCAAAUAAAAAGCCGUUAUUAUACAUCAAUCUAUACAUCCAAAAUUCCCUGGCAGAACCCCUUAGAACCCUCAUAGAUUCAGGAGCCACUUCCAACUUCAUCUCCCCCUCUAUUGUUGAAAAACUAAAAAUCCCAAAAACCCAACUCAAAAAUCCACAAGUUGUGAGAAUGUUAGACAGUACCAUAUCCCAGACUGGUUGCAUUUGGCACCAGGUCCACCUCAUGGUCUUGGCCAAUGGCCAUCCCCACACUGUCCCUUUCCUUGUUUGUCCCAUAGGCAACACCCCAGCAAUUCUAGGCAUGACCUGGUUAAUGGCAGAAGCUCCUCUCAUUGACUGGCAACAGGGACUUGUCACAUUCCCUGAGCAGGUACAAAUUGCCUUGGAAGAAGAAGCCAACCCAGACCCCUUAGCAGAUCUUCCGGCCCAAUAUCACAAAUUUGCCAAAGUCUUUGGGGAAGAGGAAUUCAAAGUGCUCCCACCUCAUAGGGAAUACAAUAUUGCAAUUGACCUCACUCCUGACGCAAAACUCUCCCCUGGCCCAAUUUAUGGCAUGACCAACGCAGAAUCUAAGGUGCUUAAACAGCACAUUGACCAAGAGUUGGAAACAGGCAAGAUCUGCCCUAGUACCUCCUUGGCAGGUGCACCGGUUAUGUUUGUCAAAAAGGCAGGUUCCCUUAGGCUGGUUGUGGAUUACCAGAAGCUCAAUGAUGUAACCCACAAGAACGUAUACCCACUCCCAAGGCAGGACAACCUCAUGGCUAAAUUAAGGCAUGCAAAGAUAUUCACUAAGCUUGACUUACAAUGGGGUUACAACAACGUCCAAAUCAAGGAAGGGGAUGAAUGGAAAACAGUGUUCCAUACCAAAUAUGGGUUGUUUGAGUAUCUGGUCAUGCCUUUUGGUCUCACAAACGCUCCUGCGGCAUUCCAGCAUUUCAUGAACAACCUGUUUAGGGAUCUCAUCAAUGUCACAGUGGUAAUUUAUUUGGACAACAUUCUCAUCUUCUCAGAGGACCCUGCAAAACAUCCAAAACACAUUAGAGAAGUCCUAUCAUGCUUGAUGAAAAAUCAGCUGUUCUGCAAAUUGUCAAAGUGCCACUUUCAUGUCACAACGGUUGACUACCUUGGGAUUGUCAUCUCCCCUGCUGGGUUCUCUAUGGAUCAAAAAAAAAUAGAAGCUGUUACCACAUGGCCCACACCCCAAACGGUUAAACAAGUCCAAGCCUUCUUGGGUUUUGUCAACUACUUGAAGGAAACCCCAUGGUCUUGGGGCAGUCAGGAAGAAGAAGCUUUCCAAGAAUUGAACUCCUUAAUUACCAAGAGCCCAGUUCUCAUCCACUUGAAUCCAGACCUACCUUACUACCUUGAAACAGACGCAUCAGGGGUAGCAAUGGGUGCUAUCUUGAGUCAACAGGGAGAAGAUAAUUGCUUACAUCCAGUGGCUUACAUGUCAAAAUCCUUCUUGGGGGCUGAGACUAACUACAACACCCAUGACAAGGAACUACUGGCUAUCAUCAAAGCAUUAGAGGAAUGGCGCAUCUUCCUGGAAGCAACUGACAAGCCAAUCCAAGUCUUUACAGACCACAGGAACUUGGAAUCUUGGAUGCAAGCUCAGACAUUCAAUCAAAGACAUGCACGUUGGUGGAUCUUCCUGAGUGAUUUCAACUUUGAAAUUCACUAUCACCCAGGGAAGCAAUUGGGGAAGCCCAGCACACUAUCCAGACAAUUGGACUACAAGGAUGAUCCCCAGGGACCAGAGAUCAUGCUUCCAUCAGAAGUUUUUGCAAAUACAUUGGAAGAAGAACUUGAGAUUGUCACAGAAAUCUGCAACAGGCUGAGAGAAGACCCCUCCCUUGAACCAAUUAUCCAAUUCCUAACAGAAGAUGCUGACAAUGCUCCACCGUCAAUUUACUCUGAGCCCCUGAAGGAGCGGUUACUAAGGGAAUUCCACAACUCACCUCUGGUGGGACACCCAGGUCAGCAACAAAUGCUGGAACUACUCAGUAGAAGCUACUGGUGGCCAGGGAUGAAAUUCUUGGCCAAGGAAUGGGUUGAGUGCUGCCCCAUGUGCCAAGCCAACCGUUGCCCCCAUGGACCUGUCAUAGCCUUGAAACCCUUGGAAGUCCCACCAUUCCCAUUCCAUACCAUCUUGUACAACUUUAUCACUGGGUUCCCCAAGUCUCAGGGUCAUGAUGCCAUCCUUGUAGUCAUAGAUUCCUUCUCAAAGUUUGGCCACUUCAUCCCCACUUCAAAGAAGGUCACAGCAAAGGGCCUGGCAGACUUGUUUGUCACACACAUCUGGAAACUCCAUGGGCUACCAGUCAAAACAGUAUCAGACCAAGGAACAACAUUUACUGGGAAAUUCUUGAGGGCUCUCUACCAAUGA